GGGUAUGUGUCAUGGUUCUUGCACUGCUUGGAGUGAUCUCAUGAGGCUCACUGAAGAUGUCUUUCUUCAGAUGAGCCGGAAGAUCAAGCAGCUGGAGAACGAGAAUCAUCGCUUGGUGAGGCAGGCUGCCUUACAAAAGACAAGGGAAGCGACAUUCCGGUCUCACUUGCACAAGUUCUUCACUGCGGACCAACUGGCAGCUCUAUCGAGAUCCAGCAACAGGGGGUCCAAGUGGUCUAAUGAGACGAUGAAGAAGUCGCUGCAGAUGCGAUUUGCAUGUGGCAGCUUGGGCUACGACUUGCUACUGGAGGGGAGCUUCCCAUUGCCGUCGUCUAGAACUCUGGGGCGGCGGCUUGAAGGUGAGCACUGCCCUACGGGUCCCCAGUCACUCCACGGAUCUUUUUCUCCACCUCACUAUUGGGGAUGGGGCGUUCAAGCCAGUGCAGGCGGGGGUAAUCCUCUCUACCAAGUCCAUUCUGGACCUGCAGCAAAGUCUCAUUGA